AUGUCACUGUAAGCUAUUCAAAAAGAGGGCGAAAGGUGCGACAUCAGGAUCUUGUGGUUCUCUUGAUAAUAAAGGUUCUCUCUCUCUCUCUCUCUUUCUCUCUCGGCUGUUGCGCUCUUUCCCUCUCUCUGUAAAUGCUAUCGUCUGUUCAAAUUCCAUAGUCGCCUAGCCGGCUGCACUUACUUUCAUACGCUAUAAACGUUGGCUGGGUCUGAAAAUGCAAUGUUGAUGUGAAGAACGUUCUAAUGUCCUUCUGGGGAAUACAAGUGCGACACGACACUGUUUCAAGAUAGACAGAGGUGUCCUCACACGCGUAUCACAAUGGAUCUCUCAUUUAUGGCUGCGCAGUCGGUCAUGGCGGGGGCCUUCAUGGACUCGCCCAAUGAUGACGACAGCACGGACCACUCACUUUUCAACUCCUCGGCCAGCGUCCACGCCGCCUCUAUGGCGGCCCAUGACCAGCCGGAGCGGGAGCCCAUGUCCCGCGACGCCAUCUGGCUUUGGAUUGCAAUCACCGCCACCAUAGGGAACAUUGUGGUCGUGGGAGUGGUGUACGCUUUCACUUUCUGAGUGGUGGAAGCCAUGAUGGAGACAUGCCAGCAGGAGGAACCUUCUGGACAAGACAUUUGGGCAUGAGCUAGGAACACCACAGCAGCCAACGGCCACUCUCAAAGGCUACACUGUUACAGAACAGUGAAUGAUUCUUGCAUUGGCAUCUUGUCCAAGCAUUUGAAAGAUAAGGCAUUGUUCACAAUUACAGAAAUUAAUAUGUGUAAUAAAUUGGUCAUGUUACUGCAGCCAAAGGUCAAAAUAUGGAAUAUUGUAUACAUUAGUGCUGUUGACUAUACAUUAAGAUGUUGACAUUUCUGAUGAAGCUUUCUGAUGAAGCUUUAAAUAGUGAACAGUGAUGUACUCUGAAUACCCUCACAUGUCAUUGGUCAAUUCUGAAAUCAUUGGACGUAAAAUAUUCAGAUAAUAAAACCUUAGUAACGUGC